AUGGCUCUCAACACCUUUUCCCGCGUUGCGCUCCGCCGCACUAUGGCUACCCAGCCCGCCGUCUCCUCCUGGACCCAGCGCUCUGCUUUCAAUGCUGCCAGGACCUACGCUACCCCAAGCAAGAGCAGCUCGCUCAAGGAGACCUUCGCCGCCAGCCUGCCCGAGAAGAUUGAGCAGAUCAAGAAGCUGCGGAAAGAGCAUGGCAACACGGUCGUCGGCGAGGUGACCCUUGACCAAGUCUACGGCGGUGCCCGUGGCAUCAAGUCGCUCGUCUGGGAGGGCUCAGUCCUUGACUCUGAGGAGGGUAUCCGCUUCCGGGGCAAGACCAUCCCCGAAUGCCAGGAGCUUCUCCCAAAGGCCCCAGGUGGCCAAGAGCCAUUGCCAGAGGGUCUCUUCUGGCUCCUCCUCACCGGCGAGGUCCCAUCUGAGCAGCAGGUUCGCGACCUCUCUGCCGAGUGGGCCGCCCGCUCUGAUGUCCCAUCGUUCGUCACCGAGCUGAUCGACCGCUGCCCAUCCGACCUCCACCCAAUGGCUCAGUUCUCUCUUGCUGUCACCGCGCUCGAGCACGAGUCUGCCUUUGCCAAGGCCUAUGCUAAGGGAAUGAAGAAGACCGAGUACUGGGAGCACACCUUCGAGGACAGCAUGGACCUCAUCGCCAAGCUGCCCACGAUUGCUGCCCGCAUUUACCGCAACGUCUACAAGGACGGCAAGGUCGCUGCCAUCCAGAACAACAAGGACUACGGUUACAACUUGGCCAACCAGCUUGGCUUUGCCGACAAUACCGAUUUUGUCGAGCUUAUGCGUCUUUACCUGACCAUCCACUCUGACCACGAGGGUGGCAAUGUCUCUGCCCACACCACUCACCUGGUCGGCUCUGCUCUGUCAUCGCCUUUCCUGUCCCUCUCCGCUGGUCUCAACGGUCUUGCUGGCCCACUCCACGGUCUCGCCAACCAGGAGGUGCUCAACUGGCUCCAGGAGAUGAAGAAGGUUGUCGGCAGCGAUCUUUCGGAUGCGAACAUCACCAAGUAUCUCUGGGACACCCUCAAGGGCGGCCGUGUCGUUCCCGGCUACGGCCACGCUGUGCUCCGCAAGACUGACCCACGUUACGUGUCGCAGCGCGAGUUCGCUCUCAAGCACCUUCCAGACGACCCAAUGUUCAAGCUCGUCUCCCAGGUCUACAAGAUCGCCCCCGGCGUCCUUACCGAGCACGGCAAGACCAAGAACCCAUACCCAAACGUUGAUGCUCACUCCGGUGUGCUCCUCCAAUACUACGGCCUCACCGAGCAGAACUUCUACACGGUCCUCUUCGGUGUCAGCCGAGCCAUUGGUGUACUCCCACAGCUGAUCAUCGACCGUGCUGUCGGUGCACCAAUCGAGAGGCCAAAGUCCUUCAGCACGGAGGCCUAUGCCAAGCUCGUUGGUGCUAAGCUCUGA